CCCCAAUUACCCCUCGGUGAUGAAUUGAGUAACAGUUUACUCCAAACAUCUAUCAGCUGCUGCAACCGACUUAGACAGAUUUCCGAAUUCAUCGUGCUUUCCACCAUGCCCCGUCGUGUCUCGUUCUCGGAACCCACCAAACCGCAAUCCGAGCAAAUGAACGGACCAACCAAGGCCACCUCCAUUAAGACCACAGCGCCCAAAUGCCGUGUCACUAUCCAACGACCCCCCGCGACCUCCAUCUCCACCAUCGACAACCCGGGCCUACCACGCGGGAACGCAGCCAUCUCCGCCGACAAACCGCACGGCGAUGCCGACUGGCUCAAACGCUAUGGUGAAUAUACCCCGCUCCAACAACACAUCCUCUUCUGGGACCGCGACCACGACGGCCAGAUCUACCCGUGGGACACAUACAGGGGAUUCCGCGAACUAGGCUUCAACAUCCUAUUCUCGAUCCUCGCCAUGCUAAUCAUCAACCUCAACUUCUCGUACCCGACGCGGCUGGCUCACUCGUUCAUCCCGGACCCGUUCUUCCGGGUGUAUGUGGAUAGUAUCUACAAAGCGAAGCAUGGCUCCGACAGCGGUACCUAUGACUCGGAAGGGCGGUUCGUUCCGCAGAGCUUUGAGAAUCUGUUCGCUAUGUAUGAUCGGGAUGGGGAUGGGGCGUUGACGUUCUGGGAGGUUGGGCGGUUGAUGCAUGGGCAUCGGUGUGCGGUGGAUCCGUUUGGGUGGUUCGCGGCGUUGUUCGAGUGGGGGACGACGUGGUUGUUGAUCCAGCGGGAGGGGCGCAUAGAGAAGGAGGAUUUGAGGGGCGUCUAUGAUGGGUCGCUGUUCUGGAAGGUCCGCGAGGAACGGCUGUCCGGCUCGGGAUGGAAGCAGGGGUUUGGACUUGGGGGCGACGGGUUCAUCGGCCCGGUGAAGGUGUUUUAGACCGGUGUCUAGAUCGGAGGUUUGCAUAACGGAUUACAUUAUAGAUGCUAGACUUGAUAGGUUGGGCGCGCUGCUUUUGGCUUCUAUAUGCCAUCAAUCAUGAUAGCUGGCCCUACUGUUU